GGUGGGGAGAGAGAGGCAUGCUGGUGAGGAUACCGGCUCGUUUGGACAGAGAGAGAGAGAGAGAGAGAGAGAAGGAGAGUGGGGUGGGGAGUUUCCAGGAUUGUUUAAGGCUAGUUUUUAAAAACUGCCAUCCGGAGGAAUACUUUCAGUACCUCUGGAAAGCAAGAUGGCCCAAACUCUGCCUCUUCUGCUGUUGGCUGUGCUGAACUCCCUGAGUUGCCACAGUGAGGUGAGGGCUAGGGACCCCGAUGUGGAGGAAGAAGAGGCUGUGGGGAUUGGAAAAAGGGUACAGCAUAUUUCAGGCACUUUUGAAACUGCUCACCUACCCUUGUCCCAUGAACAUCACGGCAUCCCAAAGUCAGAUGACAACGCUCAAAACUCAGCGUCCCACUCAAGAGAGACUAUACAUCCAUCUGCACAGAGAGGAAACUGGUGCGCGUAUGUACAUCACCGUAUGGUCACCACAGCCGUACUCUGCGCUACGGAAACCCAAACUAUGAAAUCUGUGAACCCCUGUUCUGAUGGAGCUCCUGACUGUCAAAUCAUUAUGUACAGGCAAUCUUCACGGCCUGUAUACAAGCAGAAGCAGAUAGCACUCUCUUCUAUGCACUGGAAGUGUUGUCCAGGAUAUAGAGGAUACAAUUGCCUGGAAAAAGACAAACCUCCAGAGGAUGAGAAGCAUGCUUUAAAGUCUGAGAUUAAUGACAAAGGAGGUAAAAUGGGGACUGACAAAUUGGAGGAUGCAAAUUGGGCUGACAAACCCAUACAGGAGACUCCCAUUAAUGGUUAUUCACCAAACCAGAGUCCUGUUGAUGCCAGAGAAGGGAUCCCUACCCCUCAGCCUUUGCCAUUCCUUGAUUCAUCCAUUCUGCUUUCGAUGCAUCAGUUAAUGUCAACUAUGAUGAGUCAGCUUCAACCAGUGCUGGAAAGUUUCAAUCAAACACUGAAGCAUCUGUCUAGUGAGGUAGACACACUGUCUCAGGACUUGCAGCAGUUGCGGAUGGAACAAGAAGAAAACCGGUCCUUCACAAGGGGUGAAGGACACAGUGAACCUAUAGAGAAGAGACUAGAGUACAGCCAACUUCAGAUCAGUCAAAUGAAAACCCAAUUGGAUGCACAGAAAGACCAGAUGGAGAGGGCCUUUCAGACCCAGCAAGAAAUGCUGAAACACAACCUAACAAAACUGAAGGAAGAGAUGGAUGAUCAGAUCAGUCAAAGUCAGGAUGCACAGGUCAAUCUCCAGUCUCUAACUGAAGUGGUUGAAGAGGUGAGACUCAACCAGAGGAAGCUGGAAGGGGCACUGCAGAGAGAACGUGCUGAGUUUGUCGAUCCAAGUGGAUCCCAGCCAACACAGGAGUCAGGAGUGUGGGAGGCCAUCACUCGUCUAGAUGAGAAGGCACAAAGUAACUCUGCGAAGCUCAGCAGCUUGUCUGAGACUUCUAAGGACUCUGAUAGAGCGGUCCGGGCUCUGCAAAAAGAUCUGCUGAACCUGGGACAGAGCCUAGAGGAGGUCAAACAACGCACUGAGGUCCACUUUGCAGAGACGGGUCUGGAAGUGGAGGCUACUCGUGUCAGGGUGCUCAACAGCGUUGCUGAGCUCACAGCUAACCUAAGCGCACACGAGGGUCAGUUGAGAGGAAUUGAGUUUGACCUGUACAACAUCUAUCAACAGUUACAAAGAAAUGACUCAGUAUUUGGCGAGCAAGCCUGUAGCUGUAAGUCGAUUGGCAGGUCACUAGCUAGUUUGGAGCUGGAGGUGGCUAACGUGACACAGUUAGCAAAACAGAACCAACUUGCACUUGAGGAGGCAGAUCUAGAAAGAAAUCAGGCCACAGAGAUGGAGGAUCUUCAUCAGGGCCUUCUAAAUAUCAAGGAAUCAUUGGCCUUUGAGCAGGGCAGAAGCAGGAGUCUUCAAGACAGCAUGUCCCAGCUACAGGCUUCACUCCUGGACAGCCAGCAGGAGAUCCGAGGCCUGAGGCAGCGGGACGAAGACAAGUCAAAUGCAAUUCAAGGCCUAUCAUCUGCCUUCUCUUCCCUCCUGAAUGAUGCUGUACGCCACUCUGAAAUCCUAGAAGUGCUCCUUGGAGAGGAGGUCCUGGAAUUCACACACUGGUCACAUAGUCAACAGAAAGAACUUAGUAUCCCAGAUCUUUUACAGAGAAUAAAAAUGGUACAGCAAAAGAUUGAGACACAUGAUAGGAUUCUGGCCUCCCUUCGGAGAAAGCAUCCUGACGGAGAUGAGAUGAAUAGUGAUGACCCCGUGGCAUACUUAGAGGAGACCGGUACAAAUAACCAGCGGAGAGGUCUUGAAAGUUACCAGUCCUCUUUACCUGACCCUUCGACUGGAGAGGAGGAUGCAGAUUACUCAGUCAGUGACUUCUGGAGUCUGGGAAAAGAGGUCGAGCAGUUAGCAGGUAGAAUAACCAUUUUGGAAGAGCGCUGUGGCAACUGCACUGAGCCCCCUGGUGGUUCCAUUGUGGAACUGCAAGCAGAUAUAGCAUCCCUACGUCAGAACCUGGAGGAUCAUUUGAGAAUGUUUCAAAAACUGUUCAGUAAUACAGAAGAACUAGUCAGCUCGACUAGAAGCCUAAAUCUAGAUGAAGUUUGGAGACUGGUGAGAAGGAAAGAAGGAAAGAGAAGAAAGGGGAGCCAAAGACAAGAAGACCUGAUCAAAAGAGAAGAAAAGUCUUUCAGUGGGCGAAGCAAAAGAUACAUAGAAAGAGACAAUGCUCAGCUACCACAUUCCCCCGUGGUGUUUAUCACAACCCUGGACUACAGAAGAGGACCAAAUAGAAAGCUGACACCGAAAAACGUGGCUGUGAACUACGGUGGUACUUUUAAUCCUACAUCAGGGGUGUUCCAGGCCCCCGAGACUGGAUUAUAUCUCUUUUUAGUGACCUUAGACUUUGAGAGAGGCCUUUCAUUGGCUGUACUGAAGCGCAGUGGCGUUCCAGUGGCCUCCCUCAGACAGGAACAAGGGGAAAAAAGGGGACCGGUGAGCCAAGCCUCCCUGCUAGAGCUUCGACAAGGGGAGACAGUUACAUUAGAAUUGAUGCAUGGAUCAUUACGAAAAGCACAGCCUGGGGACAACACACUGUCUGGACUAUUGCUCUUCAUUACAGAGCACAAGGACAUGCUGUGAAGAGAACUGGGUGAGUGACGUAGAGAUGGGAGGAUACAUUAGAGUCUGACGCACUGUGCAUCACCGCCAGAUAUGCUGUAUUUUGUAUGCAUGCAACCUCUUCUUGAAGGUGCAAAAAAUACUAUGUUUUGUAAACUGAUUCUGGAAUAAUACAAGGUAAGUUAAAGAAAUGCUGGGACAUUUACAUACCACCAAAUUUUUAAAUGUGGAGGAUCUAAUAUUAAGGCAAGGAAUACAUUAUAGAAACCAUGAUGCAAUAUGGAAAAAAACUGAAGGUACCAAUAGUGAAGCAUGCAUUCAAACGAUCACAUUCAAUGCAAAUGUCAAUCAAAAACAAAAACAAUGAUUGUGUACU